UAUAGAUGAAGAGAUGUCCCAUUAGGGCUGGAAGAGAAAGGAGAAUGAAAGGGCAGAGAGAACAGGGGACUGUGAAAAUGGGACAAAGUAGCAGGAGCAAGGGGUUGACCAGUCUUCCUCUCCUUGAGCAGUCCUGAGGGGGUUCGGACUUUGUUCUUCUAACCACGGCCGGUCGAAAGCUGAGUGAAUAUGUUACACAGCCCACUAGUUUAUAAGUCAUCCCCUUAAAACCCACCAGGAAGGGAAGAGGGAGAGAAGGAAGCGGAGUGAGUAGAAAGAACAGAGGAGCGAGACUAACAAAAAAGGAGCAACAAAGUCAAGUGGAACUCCGGGCUUUUCCAACAUUACAACAACAUAUUUAUCCUGUUUCCAGUAGUGUGGUCCAGCUGCUCCAGGGAUGUGGAUGGAAACCAAAACGGAGGAAAAGGAGGCCAGCGGGACUCGUUCCAGCCUCAGACGGUGCGUGUUGAGCGGUCUGCUGUUGUGUACUGGGGACAUGGAGCACUUGGAUAAGUACAUGCAGGAGAAGUUGUUUGUGCUGCAGCUGGUGGUGUGGGGCCUGAGAGGGGUGACAAGGGUGAUCCUAGCCAACAACCCGCUGAGUGGUGCUCUCAUUCUGGCUGCACUGUACUGGGCCUCCCCCUGGCAGGCCCUGCUGGGAACUUUGGGCGUACUGGCCUCUACGCUAACAGCUGUUCUAAUGGGCCAAGACAGCGCUGAGGUGUCAGGAGGUCUCCAUGGUUUUAACGGCAUGUUGGUGUCUCUGCUGAUGGGGGGGUUCAGCUCAGCCGGAGACUGGUACUGGUGGCUGCUGCUGCCUGCCUGCUUGGGGUCAGCCACAUGUGUCUUUCUAUCCAGUGGUCUCUCGCCAGUGUUUGAGCGCUGGGACUUGCCUGUCGGUGUGUUUCCCUUCAACAUCAUCAUUGUCCUCUACCUCCUUUGUACCGGCCCAGACAACCCGUACUACCCACACCACCCGGCUACGCCCCCAGGGCUGCUGGAGCCCAACGGCACAGAGCUCAUUGCAGUAGAGGUAAUGCUUGGCAUCCCUCUGGGUGUGGGUCAGAUCUUUGCCUGUGGAGCUCUGGGGCCCUCCCUCCUCAUCCUGGGAGCUGUUCUGCUCUACUCCCCCCUGCUGGCUGCCCAUGCUCUGCUGGGAUCAGCAGUUGGAACGUUGGUUGGUUUAUCCAUGGCGGUGCAUCAUGAUCUUCUGUAUUCGGGUCUCGCUGGGUUUAAUGGAGCUCUGGGCUGCAUGACUGUUGGAGGACUCUACUUCACCUUCAGCUGGAGGACCCACCUCUUUGCCAUCGCCAGUGCCUUCCUCUCUGCAUAUGCUGACGUCGCUCUGGGCAAUCUCCUGGGAACUGUCGGUCUCCCAGCAUGCAGUUGGGCAGCUACUCUGACGGCCACACUGAUGUUGCUGCUGACCGGCAGUUUAGCAGCGUACCGCAUCCCGAUUGGUCGCGUCAUGGCUCCUGAACACAACCUGUGCUCCCGCAGCCAAUGGGAAGCUGGGGACACCGCAGACAGGGAGAGCACUGAUGUCUAACGCUAGGAGACACACACACACACACACAGAGUAACGUAUCAGUACUUUCUGUGUUAGAUCCAAUACAUAUAUACAUAUUUAUUAAAAACACUUAGUAAAUAGAUUCUUCAUAAAUACAAAAAAAAAGUUCAUUCAACAUUUUGAGGAAGUUUUGUUCACAAGAUGGUGAUAUACUGUGUCUUCAGCACCGACAUUUUGAAAAUGUUUGAGGUAUCAUAGCUGUUAUACAAGCUUCUAAAUAUUAAACCAACCAUUUCCAUUGCAUAUGUAACCUUUCCAACCACGUAUUAUUCCAGUAAGUAAGAGUUUGAACUCGCCAUGACAGAUAAGACAUAAAGCCAAAGAAACAGCCAAUUUAGAGUCUUUUAAUUGACAUGAAAUCAACAGGUCAGUUCAACAAAAUUAUUGUCGUCGUUAAAAUGACAGUUUAACUGUUAAUGUCAACAAACACAUAGACUGAAUUAUUUUUAACCCCUUCAUUAUCCUGCCUAGACAAACUACAACAUAGCACUCCACUGGGACUCUUAAUGAAAACAGUUAGUACAUGUAGUGUACGUCAAUGCAGGCAGACGGUGAGACGGUUAGUACACACAGAUGACAAGUGAUGUGUUUCUGAAGUGGACGGAGUGGUCAGCUGCUUAGACCAAAAAGUUAAAGGCAACUGUUGAAUCUCGACUUAUUCAAAUUAAAUUCUCUUAAAUGGAAAAAGUAAAAGUUUUUGCUGCUUCAUUAGACUUUGUCUUUUUUUCGCAGUGCUUCGUGUUGCCUGUGUAGAUUAUUUAUUUUUUUAUAUUUCCCAUCAUUGAUAUUCCUAAACACACAAACAUGUUCACAUUCACAUACAAACCAUAUAUCCCAGUCUAAUGUA